GCUGCUUUAAGAGCAUAGAUACCUGCUCCUCCGCCCCUCAUACUUCCACUGGACAUAAUCACAGACAAGUAUGCUCAGCAAAGGCAGUGAGACUAUCGGGACCCUCGUGCCUUUCGCGGACCCCCUAUGGAUGACCACACUCGACUCGCCCUACUUCAACGACUCCCACCGCCGUCUGUCCAAGUACCUGCGCAGGUAUGUCGACGAAGAAUUGUCGCCCUAUUGCUCAGACUGGGAGGAAGCGUCUGCCGUGCCUGAUGCAGUGCAGAAGCGUUUCGCCGAAGUUGGAUGCACGGCCGCAUGUGUCUACCCGCUCGCAAAAGGAUACAUGGAUGGCAUUACGCUGCCAGCUGGCAUCCCAGCCAAUGAAUGGGACGCGUUCCAUGAUUUUGUGCUGAUUGAUGAGCUGAUGCGUUGCGGCUACCUAGGUGUUUGCUGGGCCCUUGCAACAGGCAACAUCAUCGGGUGCCCACCACUCGUCAAUUUCGGGUCCGAGGCACUCAAGCGCGAGUUGCUCCCCAAGAUUCUCAAGGGCGACAAGCGUAUUUGUCUUGGUGUGACAGAGCCAGGAGCAGGCUCCGAUGUGGCCAACAUUGCAACGACUGCGCGUCGAGAGGGUGACUUUUUCAUUGUGAAUGGCUCCAAGAAGUGGAUCACGAAUGCCGUGUACAGCGAUUAUGUGACGGCAGCUGUGCGUACGGGUGGACCUGGCGCUGGUGGAAUUUCCUGCCUGAUUAUCCCCUUGGACUUGCCUGGCGUUGAGCGACGCAAGUUGCAAAACUCUGGUGUUGCGAGUUCAGGCAGUACAUUGAUUGACUUUGAGGAUGUCAAGGUGCCCGUCAAGUACCUUGUUGGCAAGGAGAACCAGGGCUUCAAGAUCUUCUUGAGCAACUUCAACCACGAGCGUCUUUGGUUGAGUAUCCAGGCACUGAGAAUGUCGCGCAUCUGUAUUGAAGAUGCAUACGGCCACGCCAACAAGCGCAAGACAUUCGGCAAGCACUUGAUUGAGCAGCCCAUCAUUCGUGAUAAAUUCACACACAUGGGUCGGCUGGUUGAAGCACUGCAAGCACAGCUCGAGUCGCUGUACUACCACCUGAACCGCAACUACUCUGAUGCUGACUUGGCUGGUAUGACGGCACUGUGCAAGGUCAAUGCAAGUGUGUGCUUGGAGUAUGUCAACCGGGAGUGCCAGCAGGUGUUUGGCGGCCUGGGCUACCAGCGUGGUACCCUUGCCGGCGGCCGUGUUGAGCAAAUCAGCCGCGACCUGCGCGUGAUUGUGAUUGGGGGUGGUUCGUAUGAGAUUAUGUCUGACUUGGCAAUGAAGCAGCAGAUUAAGAUUAUGGAUGGACGCCAGCCGCGGGAUGUGAAGGAUGCGAUUCCUGCGAAGCUGUAGGCUGUAGCUGUAUACUGUUUGUAUCUUCUUGUUCAUGUCCAACACAGAGCCACAGACAGAGAGAGACUCAAGACGCG